UUACACACCUUUGUACAUAUAGAUGGGAUUCAUCAUUCAACUUCUCGUUACCUGCUUUCUUUUGGGGAUUGGAUUUUAUGCCGGAAUGCUCUUCGAAAAGCGCAACAGCGGGAAAGUCUCAAAAACCACUCAAGAUGUAAGCAUCAAAGGAAACAAAAAACAAAAGGAGAAGCAGCGGAAGGCAUCCAAGACACGCUCUAGAGAGACGGUUCAAAGAGUGGAGAUUUGAAGAAAAGAAAAGAGAUGAUCAAUCAAAUAAAUAAAUAUUUAAUUAUUG